CUCUCCCAUUUCAGGUUCCUAGACUACUCAAUUUUUCUAUCUAUUUCAAUUAUCCCCUUAAAAAAGAAAAAGAUUAAAGCCCCUCACCUUGCUUCUAAAUGGUUCUUCUCAAUUUAGUUUUCUUUAAUGAUGAUAUGGUUUUCUUUUUCUUCUUUUGUUUCUUUCUUUCUUUCUUUCUUUAUCUUCGAGCUCAUUUUAACAGGAUAAAUAUACUGUGAAUCAACUAAAACAUGGCUUCUAACGUUACGUCCGAUCGUGACCUUAAUCAGGUACUAUUUGAAGCUGCUUCAUGCGUGCUAAAGGUCACUCUAAAUAGACCAAGACAAUUGAAUUGCUUGACUUUUGAUAUGAUUGCUCAAUUGUUACGAACUUUCGAAGAGUGUGAACAAGAUCCACAAGUUAGACUUGUAAUAGUUAAGGGAAAAGGAAAAACAUUUUGUGCUGGGGGAGACGUAGUCAGACUGAUAAAAUUCAUGCUAAAAGGAGACUUCCCUUCUGUUGUGGACUUUUACAGAAAGCAGCUAACUUUCGAUUAUUUGGUGGCGACAUACAAAAAUCCAGUUGUUUUCCUUAUCAAUGGAGCUGUAAUGGGAGGAGGUGCUGGACUAUCCAUGAAUGCAAAAUUCCGAAUUGUCACUGAAAAUACGGUAUUUGCCAUGCCAGAAGCAUCAUUUGGACAUCAUCCGGAUGUCGGGGCAUCUUAUUUUCUUUCAAGAUUACCUGGCCAUUUUGGAGAAUACUUAGGACUAACAGGGGCAAAAAUAAACGGGGCUGAAAUGCUUGCAUGUGGCCUUGCAACUCAUUUUGUUUACUCCAAGGAUAUCGAGUCAAUGGAAGAUGCAUUAUGUGAAGCAUUAUCAUCAAAAUCUGUUCAUGAAUCGAACAUUUCAAGAAUCAUAAAAGAAUUCGUUGGUAAUCCGGUGUUGAAGGAAGGCUGUGGUUUGAAAAGGUAAUGUUCUUUUCUUAUUCUCAUUCUAUUCCAAUUUAUGUGACACACUUUCAGCUUUAGCUUUUCCCAAAAAAAAAAAAAAUAUCACCUUUCUAUAAUUAAGAAUUUAACUUUAAAAUUCUCCUUUUACCCUCAAUGAAAUAAUUCACAGCCACAAAUAUCUAAAAUUUAUUUUAUACCACAAAUUUUAAUAGUCUUCAUUUUUUCUUAAACUUUGUGUCUAGUCAAAACAACGCCACACAAAUUGAGAUGAAGGGAGUAAUAUUAUUAAAUAAUUUCUAGCUUUAUGAAUGACUUGGCACUUUUGCAAUUAUAUUUUAUCGGGUGAAACAUUUUUACUUGUGAGAUUAGCUCACAAAGGAAAUUAAAUAGCUUUG